AUGUAUGAAGAGCAAAAAACUGGAACUGGAAAUAAAAACGGAUCUAAGUUUGUUACUAUCGGAGCAGUUUUGACUUUUCGAAAACUGAGAAAUUCUUUUCUGGUUUGCCUGAUCAAAUCUGGAUUGUUGGAUCGCGUUCCAGCCGUCGGUCAACAAAUCGCUGGGUUGGCUGCCCUCGGAUCGCUCAUGAACAUGAUGAUCUUCAUGGUUUUGCUACAACUUAUAGCCAUCGCCUUGGCUCAAACAGGUUUCUUUAAAGCUCGUAUGACUGGUACCGUACACAGUCAUACGACACCAAUAAUUUCUACACCAGACCUCCUUAUGCGUGGUGGAAAACGGAUUCCCCUUGGAACGGUCAGGAAUUUUCUUUGA